AAAAAGAACUUUUUUAAACAAACUAUUAUCUGAAAACCUCACCUGACCAGGCGAUUAUCAGAAAAAUAUAAUCCCCCCCACCACCAUUAUUUAAUGGUUGCGUCCACCUGUUGAGCAUCCCCAUUGUCGUAAACUUGCUUCUGUCAUCUUUUUUUUUUUUGGUUGAAAGUUUGUGGCUGCUUUGGAGAAACCAUGAAAAAAGAGUAGGGGGGAAAGAGACCCCGAGAGGCUGUGUGUUACACGGCCAUUGAAAUGCAAAUAUCGCAGAACAAGGAGUGGUUGUGUGUUUGUGUGUUCCUGUAUAUGCAUGCAGCGGAGCAGCAUUGGGAGAGGAGGAGCACAAAUUGGACAAGUUUUUUUUCUUUUUUUGGAGGUGCUGGUGGUGGGGGGGGGGACUUUUGACUACAGCCACACACACCGCAGUUCCAUAUGACACGGUGUUGCCUGGAGGAUUUUCCGUCUCUUUGCCCUUAAAGAACUUGUGGGAUUCCUUAGAGAACUUUGAAUGCGGGUAGGGGGCUCGUUCAAGUGCGUAAAACGGAAAAAAACAACAACAGAAACGUGCCAAGCGCCUGAUGCCCCCCUCUCUGUUUGCCUCGCCGUGAAUCAUGUCACGCCGGAAACAGAAGAGACCCCAGCAACUCGUUAACGCGGAUCCAGGGGGCCCAAAGCUGCUGCCUCAUGAUGAUCACCUGGACUUAAAGUCGCCGUCUACAUCUCUAGGUUCAGAACUGACUUCAUCCGGGUCCUCCUCCUCAUCUUCACCCACCUCUCUACAAGAGUGCCAGCCGCCUCUGGCUCCUCGCCCGUCCCCCGGUGGGCUCCACGCGCCCUCCUUGCCCAGCGAGAGCUCCCCCCCGCCCCACUGGCCCAGCCACAUCACCCCCUUCACCACAUCCCUCCCCAAUACACACUCUUCACUCUCCCCAGACUUCCCUCACCCAUCGCUGUCAUCCCAGACGCACUCACCACCUCCUCUCAGUCAAACCUCUGUGUCCCUUAGCAUGCCGCACCAGGAAAACUCUCACACAACCAUGACCUCUCCGCCAAUGGGCUGCUCCGCCGCCACUACUACCUCCUCCACUGCUUCCUGUUCUUCUGCCAACUCCCAUCAGUCUCAGCAGGACAGCUCCAGUCCGGGGGAUCAGCAGAGAUCCUCCUCUUCCAUUGGGGAGCAGGGACAGAUGCAGGUACCUCCGACUCUGACUGUGCUUUUAGAAGAGCUGAGGGUUCUGCAGCAGCGGCAAAUACAACAGAUGCAGAUAACAGAGGAGAUCUGUAGGCACAUCCUCAGGCUCGGAGGGGCUUUCUUUAGCCAAGAAAACAACCCGCAGGCUGGUGGCUCAGACGGUAACCAGAAGGCGACAGGAACAGAAUCGUCAUCCCCGACGCACCCUUCAGCUGCAACCCCAAUAACCUCCGCCUCAUCGAUUAUAACUGGACUUCCGUCGUCUCUCUUUCCCCAGCCGACCGGCUCCAAAUCAGGAGCUUCACUUGUUAACGGUAGCAGAGCUUCCUCCUCUUCGGCCUCCACUUCCUCUUGCUCUGCCAUCUCGUCUUCCAUCAGCUCUUCCGUUGCAGGCCUACACCCCCUGUCCUUGUCCCUCGGUCUGCCUCAACGCUACGUCCAUGAGAAAUCAUCCCCGUUCGGGCACAGCAACGGCAUAAGUUUCUCCACCCACUCCAUUCCUACCACCAGCCACCCGCCGGACCUCCAGCCCACGUCUGCGUCCUCAUCUGGCCGCCCUCAGCACAUCUGCAGGUUUUGCGGGAAAGUUCUGAGCAGCGAUUCCUCGCUCCAGAUCCAUCUGAGGUCCCACACGGGCGAGAGACCCUACCAGUGUCCGGUGUGCUUGAGCCGCUUUACAACCAGAGGAAACCUCAAAGCUCAUUUCCUGCGACACAGAGAGCAGAACCCUGAGCUGUCCCUCUCUCUGCUGCCCCCCGCACUGUCAGAACAAACCCAGAGCGGGUCGGCUGCUGGGGUCAUCCAGAGGAGGCGAAAGCGGCGAGCAGAUGACGACGACGUGUAUAGCGGAGUGAAAGGCAGCGUUCCUGGGAUGGCGGAGAGCAUGGCGUUGGGACUGCUGUCGGGGGCAUCAGCUCGACCCUCGCCCUCUUCUCUACCUCUGCCCCCUUCAGUGGACAUGGCGCUUCUGUCCACCGCUCACUCGCUGCUGCAGUUAAACAGAGCAUCGGCUGUGGCUGCUGCAAGCGCAUCCAGCACUGGACUCCCCUCCACGUCUUCCUCCCCCUCGUCCUCCUCUUCCAGUCAGUUUAAGGGAGCAAAGCAGCAAAGGUUUGAUGAAAACACCCCUCCUCACUCCGCCCUCCAUGCCUCAUCCCCGUAUUCUCAGCUGGCCCAUCUUCCCAAGAUCCUCUUUCCAGGAGGUGCUUCUCCACACCACCUAGCACUUCUCCGACCCCCAGGUCACCCAUCCACAUCCCAUCUCACUUCACCUCAUCAGUUACCCUUCCCGUUCCCCCCCUUCCCCAAACCCUCCGCCUCCUCCCCCUCCUCGGCUUCCCCUAACACCUCCACCCAAACAUCAGACACAUCCAAGCUGCAGCGGCUGGUACAGAAGCUGGAGAAACAGCCACAAGGGGGCGUCUCUUCUGCCUCUUCUUCUUCCACAUCUUCACAGAUCUCGACUGAGGCCAAUGGGGAUUCCAGUGUCCAUGACCUAACCACUACCUCUACCGCCUACCGCAGGGAAAUGUUGGCCGCUCUCGGCCUAAGCCCCAAUGUUAGCGCUGCAAUGACAAGCCAAGGAGUCUCAGGCUUUGGCACCACAACCACCACAGCUACUCCGUCCCUGCCCGCCGCCCAGGCCGCCAACCAGUGUGGAGUCUGUCUGCGCGUCCUCAGCUGCCCCAGAGCUCUCCGUUUGCACCAGGCCACCCAUCUGGGAGAGCGCCCCUUCCCCUGCAAGCUCUGUGGACGUUCCUUCUCUACAAAAGGCAGCCUCAGAGCCCACCUGGCCACUCAUCGAGCAAGACCACCCAACGCUCGCGCUCUGAACUCCUGCCCCCUGUGCCCACGCAAGUUCACAAAUGCCUUAGUGCUCCAGCACCACAUCCGCCUGCACCUUGGAGGGCAGAUCCCACCUGACGAGGAGAUGCCGUCUGAAGACGCUACGGAGCGAGACAAUACUACCUUUGAAAAUGGCGAGAAUGAAUCUAAGAGUUCCCCGUCGAAAUCCCAACAAAUCCUUCCGCUGGCUUUAACGACAGGCUCAAAAUCAGCUGAUGCUCUGUAUUUAGGAUCUACUUACAAGCAACCCACAACUAAUGAUGUUGAUUUAGUUAAAAUUGAGGAAUCUUUGGACUCCAGUGUUAGUCCUUCUCUGACCUGCAGUGUCCCCAUGGCGGGGGCAGAAAACCUCCUGCGUUUGGGAGAAAACGACUCAGCUGACGGAGGCCCUGAGCACUCAAAGGAGGAAGCACCCUUAACUAGCUCUCACUCUGCAGCAGACAAUGGAGAUGCAGAGGUUGACGAUGCUCCUCUGUCACUCUGCGUUUCAAAGCCAGACGUUGAAAACCGCCGAGCGGUCAAAGAGGAUGAAGACGGCGCGGCUAACGAGCCCACAACCACUCCCAAAGGCAACUCAAGUCCAGCUAACCCCGUAGCUGAGAUUAGCUCUGUGGCUAAACUGGGAGUCGUCCCUGAUCCAGAGGAGACCCCUGACCCUCUUGAGGCAGGCGCUGAAGAUGCUGUAAAGGACGAAGACGCCCCAUCCAGAGAGUCUACAGCUGUGUCUGAUCCAGAAGUGGAAAAGGACACUCCGAAAAAAGAAGUCUGUGAUGUACGAGAGAAACCCUCUGAGGAGGACGAACCCGCCGCCGUGACAGGACCGCCGCCUCCCCCUCCUCCACUGCCUUCUCGCCCCGACAAACCGUACAGCUGCUCCCACUGUGGAAAGGCGUACGCUAGCAGGAGUGGGCUCAAGGGGCAUAUGAAGGUACACCCCGGAGUGUUGACCAACACCCCUUACAAGACUCAGACCAAUGACAAUGACUUGAUAGAGGACUGUGGUUCGUAUUCAGUCAGUAGAAAUACCCGCCAGCAAGAGGAGAAGCUGGCCCACGAGAAAAGUGAUGGCACAGAUCCUCUGGAUCUCCUGACUGAAACGCCGGACACCUCUGUGUAGAAAGUUGCUCAAAGUUCCAUUUGGAUGGAUCCUGACAGAGGAAUGUAUUUUUCUUUUGAUAGCUUGAGAUCUGUUUAACUCUGUUUCAUAAGUAGGUUUUGUAUAAGGUAGAUAGAUUUGACUUGUAGUUCUAUUGUAGUCAAAUUAAAGGAAACAGUUGAAUGUAGUUUUUCUGCUGUCUAUUUUUGUAUUUUAAAGAUCCCACUAAGGCCUUUUAUCCCCCCCGCCAUGGUGAGAAUUGUUUGUGUGUUUCUGCUGACACUCGCUUCAGUGCAUGAUGUAAAGAAAAUAAGCAAUACGAGUUGAGUUUCUUCCUUUUGAAGGAGUGUCCCGGAAGUUUCAAAUUGAAUUCCAAACCAAAACGGGCUGCGUUCUUUGCGGUCAGUGUACAUGCGAAGCGCAGUGGAUGGUCUUUGUUGGAACUGCCCGCCUUUUCCUUUGAUAAAUGCUGCUGAAUGCGUGUUUCUAAAUGUGCUGAGUUGCACUGAGAGUUGCACUGUUACCAGUGCUGCCGAAAUCUACUGUAACAGACCCAUUCCGGUCAGAACCACGACUCGGUUCUGCUUUCCUCUGCUGUAAACCAUUAUUCCAGCUCUUAUUUGUUAAUGAUUAUGAAUGUAUUCCACUGACUGUACAUGAGAACCAGACCAAGUGAGGGAGACGUCACCCACAGAAAACGUCUGUACUUUGGGUUCUGAUGGAAGGAAGUUGAUUCAGUUACUGUGUUGGAACCACUACGUCGUCAGGAGGCAGCCAUUGGUCCAAGUCUGUCUGGGUCUAACCAAGUUAGCUUGUUGGAAGACCACAACCCACCACUUAAAAGCCAGAGAAAACAUUUCGGAUUGAGACCUCCUACUUUUAUUGAGGCGUUUGAUUGGCCGGUUUUAAAAUUUGAAUAACUUGCACUACAGAUAAAAUAACAUUAAAAAAAAUCAUAAAAGCAACAAGAUGUGAAAGAAAGUGUAGCAGAGCAAGAAAUGUUAUCCUGACCAAUACAAUGACUUAUUUUUCUAUAGAAUUAUGGGAUUUCGGCUUCUUGGAAUCCAGGGGGGAGGGGUCACUCAGUCCAGUUCUCAUGUACAGUCAAUGAUGUAUCCUCACUCUUGUUGGUACUAUCUGCACUGUUGAACCUCCUGCGGUGGAUGAGUUGUGAAAUGACCCCACUCGAGGCUCCUGAGCCCGUUUCCCCAAAUGUUUGGGCCAGUUUGGUAGAAAUGUGUGCGCUCCGCCUUCUCUUUGUUACUCUCUUCUUGUAGCGAUGACAGAAUGUGUUCCCACGCUUCCCGUGUCUUAAAAAAAUAAAUAAAACAGCGGCGAUGUGAAGAGGAGA